AUGUCCAACGACGACGAUUUAGUACCUGAACAAGUCAGUGGUUACACUGUUGGCGAAAAGAAAACCAUCGCAGAAUACACCAAAUUGGAUGCCGAAGAUGAAUCGUUAGCUAAAUGGAAAGCGUCCCUUGGCUUAACAGACGACGCCGCGCCAUACCCUGUCAAGGCUGGUGACAAACGUAAAGUGGUCAUUGUUGAAAUGUCCUUGGUGUUCCCAGACCAACCUCAGUUGAAACCAAUAAUCAUCAAUUUGGAAGACGCAGAUGGAAACACUAUUAGUGGAAAGGAAAUUAAAUUCAGCAUUAAGGAAAAAUCUAUUUAUCAAUUUCAAAUUAAAUUCAGGGUCCAAGGGGAAAUUAUCACUGGUUUGAAGUACCUCCACCUGGUAAAGAAGAGUCACAUCAGAGUUGACAAGGUUGAAGAACCUUUGGGUUCUUACGCGCCAAACACAAAGGACAAGCCUUACUACGAAAAAGUAUUCUCUGAAGUUGAAGCUCCUUCUGGAAUGCUUGCCAGAGGAAGUUAUUCUGCUAUCACCAAGUUCAUAGAUGAUGACUUAACCGUACAUUUGUCUUUCCCAUGGUCAUUCACGAUUACAAAGUAA